AUGGACCCUGUGGAGCAGUCCAAGUCGCAUAAUGAUAUGAAGAAGUAUCGACUGCUGACUUUGCCCAAUGCAUUAGAGGUGCUAUUAAUAUCUACAGCUGACAUGGCCCACGUGGCAGCAGCUGUAGCACUGGAGAAAGAAAGCAUUGACGAGGACGACUCGAAUUCUAGUGGGGAGGAAAGCGAAUGUAGCGACGAGGACGAGGACGACGAGAGUUCCUCGUUCAACGACGAUGAAGAACCAAGUAGUGGUGUUCCUAGCCGCCGGGCUGGUGCUUGUCUUACGGUUGGUGUUGGCAGCUUCGCUGAGCCCGAGGAGCUCCCUGGUUUAGCCCAUUAUUUAGAGCACAUGUUGUUUAUGGGUAGUGCCAAGUACCCAGAUGAGAACGAAUUUGAAGCUUUUUUAAGCGCUCACGGAGGGUACAGUAAUGGUGCAACAGACAACGAAAGGACAAGCUAUACGUUUGAAGUAGGACCAGCACACUUGGAAUCAGCACUAGAUAUGUUUGCACACUUUUUCAUCUCUCCACUACUCAAAGCUGAAGCCAUGGACAGGGAGCUCUCAGCGAUCGAGUCUGAAUUUAGUCAAGCGACUCAAAAUGACCGAAUCCGGACACAACAAGUGUUAUGCGACAUGGCAUUGGCCACCCAUCCUUAUCAUCGGUUUAGUUGGGGGAACAAAAAGAGUCUACAAGAGAUACCCAAAAACUUGGGCAUAGAUGUUCGCAGCCAGAUUCUGGAUUUUUACACCACUUUCUAUUCGGCCAACAUCAUGAAAUUGGUUGUUUGUGGUGAAAAUUCACUGGACGAGCUUGAGAAAUGGGUAACGAAAUCGUUUAAUGCCAUUCCUAAUAAAAAUGUGAAAGGCCCAUCUUUUGCUGCGUUUGGGUCACCAGUCGGAGCGCCAAUAGCUAAAGCCUCAUUUAUCUGUAAGAUUAUACCAGUUCGUGAUAUUCACACACUCCAUCUUGAUUGGAUGAUCCCUCCAAUUCUUGGUCAGCAUCAUCAAAAACCUGCAGACUACAUUGCCAGUCUUCUGGGCCACGAAAGUCAAGGAUCGAUCUUAUCACAUUUAAAGAAAAAAGGAUGGAUAUCGGCAGUGACUGCUGGAGUCACUGACACAGAUGGUUACGAUUCUGGAACGUAUGCAGCUAAGUUUGAUAUCACGAUGAAGCUUACACAAGAAGGCAUUUCUCAAUGGGAAAAUAUCGCUGUUGCUGUUUUUGAGUAUCUGCAUAUGCUUCAAGUAAACGGCUGUCCCGAGUGGGUCUUUGAUGAAUUAGCUGCUCUCGCCGAUAUUUCGUUCCGCUUUCGAGAAGAAAAUAGUGCUGUUGAACGAUGCGAGGAACUAAGUGAAAUUAUGCAGUCGAUGUUCAAGGUGGCACCAGAAGACAUAUUGCGUUACGACCUUUUUAAGGGUUCAUUUAAGAAAGCGCUUGUGGAGGAAGUUCUUAGCCACUUGACUGCUGAUUCUGUUUGCAUCUCGAUUGUUUCCCAAACAUUUGAUGAUUGUGCAGAAUUUCAAACUCAGGUUGUUGAAGAGCAGUGGUUUGGUAUCAGGUAUACGCGAGAAUGUAUAAAGGAUACCACUGUCCAACGCUGGAAGAGCGCAGGAUUAAAUUCCGAGCUGCAUUUACCUCGUCGAAAUCAAUUUAUUCCAAAAAAUUUUGCAAUAGUGGAUGUAGAGGGUGUUCAAGACCUCGUUUGUAAGGGUACCAAGUUUGGCAAGCUGUGGUUUAAACCGGAUCGCGUGUUUGCUACCCCUCGUGCUCAUAUUGCGCUGUUGCUACACUUGCCGAGUGUUGUGGCUAACGUGGAGAAUUGGAGCCAUACGCAGCUAUACGUGAAAAUUGUUCAAGAUGCGCUCAAUGAAUAUGCGUACCACGCGAAUGUGGCCGACCUUAUGUACUCACUUCAAGUAAAAGAUACUGGCUUAGAAUUAAUUUUCGGCGGCUUUAAUGAUAAACUCCACCUUCUUGUAGAAGUCGUCGUUGCAGCUUUAUUUGGAACCGAGAUCGAUGAAGCGCGCUUUGAAGUUUUGCAAGAAGAGUUGAUGCGUGAGUCGAAGAACGCUAUCACCAAGGUGGCACAAAAAGCGAAAUAUCUUCGCUUGCAACUGCUGGAAAAGAAUUCGUUUCCUAUCGAGUCAUGCUUGGAUUCGAUCAAAUUGGCGACAGUUGAAUCGUUGAAAAACUAUGUUGAUAACCAACUUUGGUCUGGCAAUGCGCGGCUAGACUCUUUUGCACACGGGAAUAUAUCGCAUGUUGAAGCGAUUAAAUUGGUCAUGAAUGUCGAAGAGCAAUUGUACUGUAAGUGUUCACCGCUACAGAUGCACGAAAUACCCCAACGAUACAUCACGACUAUUCCGCCGACUCCUGUGGGUUUCCUCCUGAAGGAACGAAGUGAGAACAAGACGGAAACUAAUACUCAAGUAGAAUUUUAUUUUCAAAUUGGUCCGUUGACGUUGCGUAGCUUGGCAUUCGCCGAUUUGCUGCAUCAGUUGAUGGAGGAACCACUUUUUGACGCUCUUCGCACAAAGCAAGAGCUAGGGUACGACGUUUCAUGCACUGUUCGUGUGACUAAUGGCAUCUUGGGUUUUGGAGUGAUGGUUCAAUCCUCUAUGUUUGCAGCUGAGUAUAUAUCCAGCUGUGUGAAUCGCUUCAUGAUUGACUUUGAAGAGGCGAUCGAGAUGAUGAUAGAUAAACACUUUGACGACCACGUACAAGCGCAGAUUCUUUUAAAGCUCGAACCAGAUCACAACCUACUGGAAACGACACAGAGGUAUUGGUAUGAGAUCACAACGCGUCGUUUUGCAUUCGAUAUUGAUGCUCAGCUUGCAAAAGAGAUGGAGACGUUAACGAAGAGCGAAAUAGCACAGCAUUACCGUAAGUGGAUUCUUGAAAAUCCCAAGAAAUUGAUAAUUCAGGUUAUUGGUCGAAGCAAUUCAGCCGAAAGUGUAGCGCAUCAGCGACGCAAGAAUGCUUCGAAAACCGAGUGUGUCGAAUAUCCUCAACCGAUUCGAAUUCACGAUUUGUACCUUUUUAAGUCAGAACUGCCGUUCUAUUCCGAUCCCAUUGACAAGAUUAAUAAUUCAGCUACAAGUGAAGAGAAACAUUUAUGA